AUGAAAGAAUCCCAACAUCAAGGCACUGACGAUGCUGGAGUUAUUGUUGGCCUCGAUGUGAUGCUUGUCAUAAACAAGCCUGCUAUUGCCGCCAUUGCCUACGGUCUUGACAAGAAGACAACGAGCGUUGGGGAGAAGAAUGUGUUGAUCUCGUCCUUGGAGACAGGGAAAACUGCUGGUGACACUCAUCUUGGUGGUGAGAACUUCGACAACAGAAUGGUGUUCUUCAAAGGGCAGGAGCCUUGCAAGACCAUCAAACCUGAUGAGGCUGUUGCCUAUGGAGCUGCAGCCCAGGAUGUUGAUUUGGGCGGCGAGGUUAACGAGAAUGUACAGGAUUUGUUGCUUUUAAAUGUCACUCCUCUGUUCAUUGGUUUGGAAACUGCCAGAGGUGUCUUGACUUCUUUGAUCCUAAGGAACACCACCAUUCCCACCGGGAAUGAAUAG